GACACAUUCAGCUCUUCCGUGUCUGAACGUGACGAUAGUGGAGGUGGGUUGAGAGACAGAAUGGAAGUCUCAAACCCAAAUAUAGACCGAGGCUACGCCUGGGUGGUCCUGGCAGCUGCUUUCGCCCUACAGUUCAUGGUAGGGCUACUGGCGUACUCUCCGGGCGUCAUGAACAUCGCCAUGUUGGAUGAAAUUGAAAACGAUCUGACGAAGACCUCCUGGGUAGGCUCCAUAAACUUUGGGACGUGUACUUUACUAGGUCCCGUCGCUGGCUUAAUCCAGGAUAAAGUUGGUUCACGUACCACAGCCUUGAUCGCUGGCGCUUUGACAUUUAUUGGAAUGACGAGUGCCUCCUUUUGCAAAUCUGUAUUAGGUCUUGUACUGACCUAUGGCUUAAUAUCAGGAUUUGGUAUGUGUCUUGCUUGUAAUGUAGUUGGUGUAGUUGCUGGAAACUACUUUUUAAAGAGGCGAGAGAUUGCAUUUGGUGUGUGCAGUGCUGGUGGAGGAAUGGGUCUUUUUGCUGCCGGGCCUCUUGUGAGAUACCUUCUCAGGAACUACAAUCUAAGUGGGACCUUGCUUAUUCUUGGUGCUGUAGAAUUUCACAUGUGUGUCACCGGUGUCACUUUCAGGCCAUUACGUCAUGGACAUUCCCAAAGUUUAACUAUCUCCACAGAAGAAACACCAACUAACAAGCUCACAGAUGAAAAUAAUACCUCUAUGCAUGAACUAUCCAAAACUGCCAUAUCCUUAUUAAUAAAGAAAGCAGAAGUUGAUGGCUUAGAGGAUACGGAGCAUGAAACCACUGACCAACCAAUUCAUGGUUUAAUAACCUUAGGUCAUGACAAUGUAUCGCUUUCUCCAUCACUUUACGAUCCAGCAAAAGCAGGACUUAAAUCACAUAUAUGCAGUGUCUUUAUUGUUUUCAGAAUAUUUAAAGAAAUGGCAUUUCUUAUGUAUUGCAUCAGCUUGACGCUGUGGACUCUAGCAGAAUCUUCGGCUGUAUUUCACCUCCCCUAUUAUACUCAGCUUAAAGGAAGCUCGUCGGAUCAGGCUGCAACUGUUUUUACGGCGAUGGGAUUUGGUAGUGUCAUUUCCAGAAUAGUUGCAGGAAUGAUGACUUCAGAUUCGAAAAUACCAUACAUUAUCAUCCAGUUUGGCCUUUUAGGACUUUCUGGGAUAAUAGUGUUGUUCUUCCCUCUAUAUUCUCACACGUAUAACACACAGUUGGUGUUUGGGAUUCUAUAUGGGACAUACAGCCAAGGUAUUAAUACUCUGAUUGGCCCUAUUGUCCUAGACUUGGUAACUGUGAAGGAUGUUCCAGUGGCGUAUGGGUUUGCAUUUUUCUUCCAGGGAAUUGGAUACAUAUUAGGACCCCCAAUAGCAAGUUGGAUUUAUAGGUUAAGUGGAGUGUACGACUAUACGUACAUUUUUGCAGGAUCAUCCUUGGUAUUAAGUGCAAUGUCAGCAGCAGCUGUUAGCUUGGCAAAAAGAACGUAAUGACAGAGAAUGGAUGCAUAGCCGCUAGAUGGAGCAAGUGUAGCGUUAAGGAACCAUUGGGACAUCAGCAUGUGUCUGCGCCAUGUGUCCACAUCCAGUGAAUAAAGUGGCAUUUACCUCUGCUGGGAGAUGCUUGCAGGAGACGCCUUUGUGACGGAUACAAUCACCUGAUAUACAGGAAACUUCGGUUAUAACGAACACGCUUAUAAAGAACUGACUGAUAUACCGAACUUACUUUUUAGUCCCGGCCAUUUGUUGUAAAUAUGAUGUAUAUAUGCUUAUAACGAA